UAAUUAGGUAAAUGGGGUUGGUGAUUUAAAGAGUUUGCGCAAAAGUAUACAUAUUACGUGGCGUAAAGAUAAAACUUAAGUAUAAUGUUUGUUUUGUUUACUUUAAUAAUUAAAAAAUAAUUUUAAUUUACACAGUUCUUUUUUUAUUAUUAUUUUGUCUUGUCUCUACCACAAUUCAUAAACUUUGGAAUCGGCUUAUAUCUCAGUGAUUACAAAUGAAUCCACAUUCGCAGUAUGAUGGUCAAAUGAGACCUCCAGGGUCAUUUAUACAACCGUAUAAUCAAUCUUACCAACAGAAUUCAGUGAAUAAUUAUGAUAUGCAAAGUGGACCAGCAGUGAACAAAGGCUAUCCUCCAGUGCCAUAUGGAAAUCCAGGAAUGCAAAAUGGCCCAUCGGGUAACUUUCCUGGACCAUUGCAUAACCAAAGUACUUCCCAAGUGCAAUCUCCUGCAGUGCCUCCAACUAGCCAGAUUAUUAAUAAUCAAAUGUCUCAAGAUUUCAAUGCAAUGCAUCUUUCGCAGAAUCAGAAUCAUCUACCAUUAACCCAUCCUUCUCAAAGGCAUUCUAACAAUAUGCCACCUGCCCAGAUACCAUCAAAUAUACCUGGACAGCAACAGUAUUGGCAACAGCCUCAGCCUCCUCGAAUGUCUCAACCGUCGCAUGCAGGGCCUAUUCCAAAUCCUCCAUCUUCCUAUUCAUCAAAUGUCAAUGUUCCACCUUAUCCUCCAUACAAUGCAGAUCCAAGUUCUGUACUACCUACAAAUAAUAAUUCUUUUCCUUCCACCAUGCAGCAUAGUGAUCGGACAGUUCAACAGACACCACCACCUGGACAAAGUAACCAGAUUAAUAAUUUUCCGAGUAAAAUGCAAAAUCCCGAAAUGUUCCAGCAACAGAGAUCUAUACCACCCCCUGGACCAUUUAGGCCUGGUCCUUACACAAAUGGAACAACUAGUGAUGGUGUCCCUUCUGUGCCAUUGGCAAAUCAAUAUUCACAACAGAAUUCUAGCAUGAAUGCUCGUUAUCCACCUUCUCAGUCUCCUGUACCAAAUCAGGGAGGUGGUAUUCCACCUUCUUCUGCAACUCAAUAUGGCCAUCCACCAGCCAGCAAUCUACAAGCUCAGAAUCGUCUUGGAUCUCUGCCACAACCUCCACAAAACAGAAGAUUAGAUCCUGAUAAUAUGCCUAGUCCUAUUCAAGUUAUAGAAGAUGAUCGAAAACUUAGAAGCUGUACCUUUUCAACUGCUCAGCGAGGGCUGGUACCUCCAUUAGUGACAACUAAUUUUACCGUUGUUGAUGAAGGUAUUUGCAGUCCACGAUUCAUUCGUUCUACAAUUUAUAAUGUGCCUACUACAGCUGAAAUGCUGAAACAAACUUGUGUCCCAUUUGCUCUGGCUAUUAGCCCAUUUGCCCGUGUUCAUGAAGGAGAACAUCCACCUCACAUAGUGGAUCCAGGUGAUGAAGGUCCUGUGAGAUGUCACAGAUGCAGAGCUUAUAUGAGUCCAUUUAUGCAAUUUAUUGAUGCUGGUAGACGGUUUCAAUGUAUGCUAUGCAAAACUACCACUGAAGUACCUGCUCAUUAUUUUACUCAUUUGGAUCAUAUGGGACAAAGAGUAGACAAAUUAGAAAGAGCAGAAUUAUGUUUAGGAUCUUAUGAAUUUGUAGUCAAUAAAGAUUAUUGUAAAGAAGGGAAGUUCCCUAAUUGUCCAGCAUUUAUAUUUGUAAUUGAUGUUUCAUAUAACAGCAUUAGAAAUGGCAUGGUAAAAACAUUAUGUGAUAAUAUGAAGAGUAUACUUUCAAGAUUACCCAGAGAGGAUGGUGCUGAAGAAUCUAAACUAAGGGUUGGAUUUGUCACAUAUGGUUCAGCUGUUCACUUCUAUAACCUUAAUAGUAAUUUGGCUCAACCUCAAAUGUUAGUUGUGUCCGAUGUUAACGAUAUGUUUAUGCCAUUGUUGGAUGGUUUUCUAGUAAAUCCUACUGAAUCUGCUCAUGUAAUUGACAGUUUGAUGGAGCAGAUUCCUAUCAUGUUUGCAGAUACCAAAGAUACAGAAACUGUUCUUGGCCCUGCAAUACAGGCUGGCCUGGAAGCAUUAAGGGCCGCAGAAUGUGCUGGGAAAUUAUUUGUUUUCCAUACUACUUUACCAAUUGCUGAAGCUCCAGGAAAAUUAAAAAAUAGAGAAGAUAGGAAGCUUCUUGGAACUGAUAAAGAAAAGACAAUACUUUCACCUCAGACACCUUUUUAUAACAAUAUUGGACAAGAAUGUGUAAAAGCUGGAUGUGCUGUUGAUUUGUUCCUAUUCAAUAAUGCUUAUAUUGAUAUUGCAACUUUAGGCCAAGUCUGCAGACUCACUGGUGGCCAGUUAUACAAAUACACAUAUUUCCAGGCUGAUAUUGAUGGUGAACGGUUUAUUGAAGAUCUUCGUAGAAAUGUUGAAAAGCCUAUUGCUUUUGAUGCAGUGUUGCGUGUUAGAACUAGCACUGGCAUCCGUCCAACUGAAUUUAUUGGUUGUUUCUUUAUGUCAAACACAACUGAUGUUGAACUUGCUACUGUAUCUUGUGACACAUCUCUUUCCAUAGAAAUAAAAUAUGAUGAUAAACUUACAGAAGAUGAUGGUGUUUGUAUACAAUGUGCAAUCCUUUAUACCAGCUGUUCAGGUCAAAGAAGGUUACGUGUUCAUAAUCUAGCUCUUAACACUUGUACACAGAUGGCUGAACUCUACCGUAACUGUGAAUUGGAUGCUGUAUUAAACUUUUUCUUGAAAGAAAGUGUCCGCAAAGUUACUGAAGAGACACCCAAACAGAUCAGAGAAUAUCUCAUAUAUCGUAGUGCUCAAAUAUUAGCUUGUUAUCGUAAGAAUUGUGCCCAAGCUUCGUCAACAGGGCAGCUGAUUUUACCUGAAUGCAUGAAACUUCUUCCUCUCUAUAUAAAUUGCUUAAUCAAAUGUGAUGCCUUAUCAGGAGGACAAGAAAUAUCGACAGAUGAUCGCAGUUUUAUCAUGUUAGCUGCUCUCAGUAUGGAUGUUGAUUCCUCUGCUGCUUAUCUUUAUCCAAGAUUGCUUCCAUUGCAUGAUAUCAAACCUCAGCCUGAAUUGCUGCUCCCUACUGCAAUCCGCUGUUCUUUAGAAAGGUUAAAAGAAAAUGGAAUUUAUUUAAUUGAAAAUGGGCUGAAUAUGUUUUUAUGGAUUGGAAUGAAUGCAGAUUCAGAAUGGAUUCAAAAUGUGUUUGGAGUACCUACUGUUGCAAGAAUAGAUGUUGAUAAGACCCGCUUGCUGCAACUGAAUAAUCCAUUAUCUCAAUAUGUACAUUGGAUUCUUAAUCAAGUCCAGAGUGAAAGGCAAAGAAAUAUGAAAUUGUACAUAGUCCGCCAAGGAGAUAAACUGGAACUCUUGUUUAGACAGCUUUUGGUAGAAGACCGAACAACAGAAGGCAGUUCUUCCUAUGUUGACUUUUUGUGUCAUCUCCAUAAAGAAAUAAGAACUUUGUUAUCUUGAGAGAAUGAGCCCUGUAUAAACAAAUCUAUUUAAUUGUAGAAUUCUUUGAAGAGUCACACUUCCAUAAGAUAUGCCAUGCAUUCUGUAAUGAUGAUUUGACCAACACAAAAGUAAAAGUAUAUAUUUUUAUUCCAAUUGGCUGCAAAUAGUGGAUAUCCAUUUCAAACUGAUGACAUGAAGGAAAGUUUAGAAUUGUAAAUAAAAGUAUUCUUUACAUUGGUACCAUUUUUAAACAAAGCAUUCUUAUCAGAUUUAUUUAUUCAUUCUUAUUUUCUAUUUGAAUAAUCGAUUGUGUUGAUGAAUGCAUGGAAUGAUGAUUCACUCAAAGAUAUAGUCUAUAUUAGAAAGUUGUAAAAAUUAAAUUUUACUGAAAUUGAUAUUUUGUUCUGAUGUAUGACUUAAUUUUAGUUUAUUCGUUGUAAUUCUAUUGUAUUGAAAAUAAAUUUUCUUAUCAAGAGUUA